UUCGGCGCGUUAUAUACUGGUGCGACUCUGUCCGACUGUUGUUUCUUCCUCAGGCGGUAACAGUGAAAUUCGGCUCUAGUUUGGAAGGUCUCCCGCGCUAAAAUGGCAGUCUGAAGGCGCGCGGCAGCGAUAUUUGCAGCGGCAACAACCCGGCAGUGCAGCAGCAGUGCGCUGGCAAUUUUUGGCAAAAUGGCGUCUCUCUCGGCAACCACCCUCAGCUUUGCUGCCGUCGACAGCAGUACCAAACCCCUCGACUUGGACUUGCUUACGUUAUCAGACCCAACUUUGUUUUUAUUCACCCUUUCACGGAUACCACUGACCAGCAGCAGCCAUGACUCUCUCCCAGCUCGCCUUGGAGGACGUGGAGGCCCUGUACUUAGAGCCCUCGUUUCUGUUGGCUGACCCCAUGGGGCCCCUUCUGGACCAAGAUGAAGAAGAAGCUCUUUCUCCCUCCUCCUCUCUAGAGAGGAAACCGCCAGCUUCGCCCCCCCUCUCUUUCUCUUCCUACUCCUCCUCCCUCUCUCCCCCCCAGACCCUGUCAUCCUCCCCGCUCUCUUCUGCUUACCCACCUCCUUCUCCCUCACUCUUCAUUAGCAACAAGGACAGAGCUGACUCAAUGUCCUUCCCCUGGCUGGCAGCCAGCGACCUGCUCGAUGCCCAUGUCGGAGCAGGCGAAGACAAAGAUGAUUCUUUCACGGGCAUGGAUUGGAUGUCAGAGAAAAUCGACCUAAGUGAAUUUGACCUGGAUUCCCUUAUUGGCUCUUGCUCAUCCGACGAUUCUCCCAGCUCCCCCGAGGAUCUCCUGGCCUCCCUCGACUCUCAAAUGGAUCUGGAUUUAGACUCCUUUGACACAAGCAUCCCCACCCCACAGGACAAUCUCGAACUGACUCUGCCGCUGCCCAGCAUCCCCUCCCUCCCUGUGGAGCUGUCUCUUCCUGAGGCAACUGAGACCAAGAAGACAGAAGUGGCUCCUGACCAGGAGGUUAUUAUGAAGUCUGAGCCUCCCUCCCCAGCUGCCUCUCCGUCUCCUUCCUCUCCAGCCUACACACUGGAGCUAGGAAGUGAAGUGGAUGUGCUGGAUGCUGAGAAAAUGCCCACAACCAUCACCGCCACCGUCAUCUCUGACCCCAGUGGAAGCAUUCGAGCCACCAGCCCCAUCCUGCUUUCCAUUCCCACCUCUGGUCACCUUGUGGUGGUGCUCACCAACAAAGACGAGCCCUCCCUCAUUUCUCUCCCUGACCCAUCUGCUAACACCCCUCCUCAGUCAAGUGACAGUGACAGCGAUUCCGGAAUCGAGUCAGGUGCCGGCUCGCCCCCUCACCUCCCCUCUCCAUCUCCCACCCCCUCCCCUGCAGCUGGCUCCUCCAGGACCAAACCCUACUCCAAGCCAGAGCCUACCACUGCUUCCUUGGCCAAGGCUCCCAAGGUCAAAUCGGCAUCUGGCGCUCCCAGGGUGGUGGAGAAGAAAUUGAAGAAGAUGGAGCAGAACAAGACAGCAGCCACCCGCUACCGGCAGAAGAAGAGGGUUGAGCAGGAGCAGCUGAAGACUGAGUGUGACGAGCUGGAGAAGAGGAAUCAUGAGUUGACAGAGAAGGUAGAGUCAAUCAGCCGAGAGAUCCAGUAUCUCAAGGAUCUGAUGGAGGAAGUUCGUAAGCACCACCGCGGCAAGACUAGCUCUGGCUUAAGUGGGAAAUAUUCAUGUAGUGAGGGGGUUGUUUCUCCUCCAGUGCUCGCAUCACGAGCACAAAUUCAAUUUAGUAUUAAGAGGCAUGCAAGGGUGGAUGUAUUAAACUCGCCACUGAAAGUAGACCGGCUGGAUGAAAAGCCUCUGGAAGUUAAGAUUCUUAGUGUAGGGCAGGGGUGCUGGGAGGUAGUCGGGUGAAGCAUAUGUACAUGCUUGUCUCUCAAUCCCCUGUCAGAGCCCACAUGUACUCCCUGCCUUAACUAGCGUUACAUGUCAGCAUAGGCAAGGUGUGUAUUUGUCUCUGUAGACUAGGCAUGCAAACAUGAGUCAUCAUAGCUCCUGGUGGUGUUGUAUUCCUUCACACUCCCCUCCCAGCAUCAGUUAAGUCAGGUCCCAGCUCAGCUUCAAUAAAAUAAUCAUACCAGUAAAAUCAAAAUACACCAAACUUCUCACCCACUCCUCUUUAGCUCAGUGUGACCCCAGUUGACCUUCUUUUUUUACAACUUAAAGUCCAGAAAGGGGCCUCGGCCUAUUUAUGAAUUGUUACAAUGUUAAUUUUUUUUUUUUUCUGUGUGUGUGUGUAUAUAGUUUUCUCCUCCUUUGCUUCCUGAUUGUGGGUUUUAUUUAAUGCUGGAUGAGACUUGAUCAUGUUUUGAGUAGUUCACUCUCUUAACACAACUGUUUGGCUUGUAAAAAUGCUUUGCUCUUUCUAAUAAAUAUCUAUCAGU